AAAGAUGGCGGCCUCGUUGGUGCCCGUGUGCGGGAGGUCGGUGCGACUUUUGCGGGUAUUGGGGCAAAGAACAGAGCUGAGGUAUCGAGCAUUUAGCUCCGAGCAGGGAGCGGAAGGUGGACUGACGGGGGCCGUGUUGCAGGAGAAGUUACAGAGGCGAGAGAACGAGGCAUCUUCAGACUCCUCUGGUUCAGAGGAAAAACAGAAGAAACAGAAAGAAAAUGCAGCUAAUGCUAAAAGGUUUCUCCUGAGAGCUGCAGGGCUGCUUGGUGUUGCUGGAAGCGGAUCACUUGUUUACAUAUUUGGUAGCAAUUCCGUGGAUGAGCAGGGGAACAAGAUACCCGAUGAGUUUGACAGCGACCCCCCUGUUGUGCAACAAAUUAGAAGAACAUACAAAUACUUCAUAGACUACAGACAGAUGAUUAUUGAGCCCACAAGUCCCAAGCUUCUUCCGGAUCCCCUAAAAGAGCCUUAUUACCAACCCCCCUACACUUUAGUCCUUGAACUGACAGAUGUGCUACUUCAUCCAGAGUGGUCGUUGUCAACUGGAUGGAGAUUUAAGAAGAGAGCAGGCAUUGAUAACUUAUUUCAGCAGCUGGCUCCUCUGUAUGAGAUUGUUAUAUUUACCUCUGAAACAGGGCUGACUGCAUUUCCUCUAAUUGAUAAUGUGGAUCCUCAUGGUUUUGUGUCAUACCGGCUUUUCCGGGAUGCUACACGUUACACAGAUGGACAUCAUGUAAAGGAUAUCUCUUGCCUCAAUAGAGACCCCUCCCAUGUAGUUAUUGUGGACUGUAAGCGAGAAGCGUUCAAGCUGCAGCCGUACAAUGGGCUUGCCAUAAAGAAAUGGGACGGGAGCUCAGAAGAUCGCGCACUCUAUGACCUGACAGCAUUUUUAAAAACAAUUGCAGUGAGUGGGGUAAGUGAUGUCCGUUCAGUCCUGGAGAAUUAUGCUCUUGAAGAGGAUCCACUGGAAGCAUUUAAGCGCCGUCAAACACAGCUGGAGCAGGAGGAACAGCAAAGACUAGCCGACAUGUCUCAGCUCAGUAAGAGACAGACUUUAUCUCUGGGCUCGUUUACCGGUCGACUGUGGCCACGCUCCAAACAACAGUGACAUCCUGUGCGCCAAAUUCAAACUGUGUACUGUGAUGAUCCAUUCCCUUGUAUCAUUGUAUAUAACAAGUGUAUGAAACAAUCUCUUACACAGAACAUGGACUCUCUUUCCGGACACAUGCUCAAGAAGUUUGUGAACAUAUUAAUAAAGACAUUUUCUAGAACAUCUUGAGUGUUCCUUGACUAGAGAACUGGAACCAGUGAGUACUACAAGACUGUUAUUACAGGGCUAUUGCAGUGAAUGAUUUUACAAAGAAAAUCAGUGAGUCCUGCUCUGUGAAAGAUGAAACUGUAAGUUUUACUACAUACUAGUUGAUGAUUUGGCUGUGAGGUAUCGACUAAGCACCUACUUAAAACCAUCAUCAGCAGUAGAACCUAGUGACUGAAUGUAUUUUUAGAACUAUACUAUUUUCUGAAACACCUGCAAGAGUUCUAUUAAGUUAAGUAGUAACAACAGGUUCUCAAGUGACCCAGUUUAGAAAUUGCUAUACAAGUUAAAUAUGACCUUCUUGCAAUAAAUGGGUGCAUAAGGCCUCAUUCAUACAAUCAAGAACAUUUUGGAAAGAUUUAUUUAUUCUUUAUACUUUAUUUAAGAAGUUUUAUACAUAAAUUGUUAACAUUGGUAAAAGGUGUCUGAUUUGACACAGCAAAUUAUCAUUAAUUAGCUAUAAAAUAAAGCAAUUCUGUGAAAGAGCUUGUAUCAGAUGGGUGUUAAAGUGGGUGUUAAAGUUCUUGUGUUCAAAAUAAAGUCCAGGGUUCCCAAA